UGAAUAAAUCUAUAAAACAAUGCAUCGACAGUGUCAUUACUAAGUUGGCCUUUUGCUGAAUGCUGUUCAUCCUAUUAGUCAAAAUUUAACAUGAAUAUAUUUUUCAUUUUGGCAGCAUUUGCUGCUUCUCUUGUGUCAGUUAACUGUGAAGGUUUGAGACUGUCACUAAAGAGAGCGUAUACAAGUAGAGAUAGAGAGUGGUUUGAAAAUGUUAAAACCCAAACCAAGAUGUAUACAACUCUUUUUCAAAAUGGCAAAAUGAAGGAAACACUUAUAAACUUUAAAAAUGUAAGCUAUUAUGGAGAAAUUGCACUAGGCAACCCACCACAGAAAUUUUCUGUAAUAUUUGAUACUGGUUCUUCAGAUUUAUGGAUUCCUUCUAACAAUUGCUGGUGGUCUUUAGCUUGCUGGAACCACAGAACAUACAAAAGUUGUAAAUCAUCAACUUACAAAGGUAUAGGAAAAGAUUUCUCAAUUAAAUAUGGCACAGGAGAAGUAUCUGGAUUUGUAUCUCGUGAUUCCCUUUGGAUUGACUCUGUUGAAAUUAAAAACCAGAAAUUUGGCGAGGCAACAUCAGAAACAAGAGAGACAUUUCGGCCUGCUCGAUUUGAUGGAAUUUUAGGUUUGGGCUUACCUUCGAUCUCUACAACAAAAGCCAAACCUCCAGUUUACAAUAUGUUUGACCAGAAGUUAAUCUCUCAGACAAUUUUUUCAGUGUUCAUCAAUGGGGAUGAAUCAUCACAACAUGGAGGAGAAAUUGUAUUCGGUGGUGUUAAUUGGGAUUUAGUUCAAGGCAAACUUUCACGUCAUGCUGUUUUAGGUGACACCCACUGGAAGAUAAAAUUGGAUCUAAUUGAAUCUGAAAAAGGACCAACAUGGUGUCAUGGUUGUUCUGCUGUUCCUGACACAGGUACUUCUCUCAUUGUUGGACCUUAUAAGGAAGUGUUAGGUAUAUUUCAACAUGUAGGUGCAAGUGUGUACUCAAACGGUCUAGCAUUUGUCAAUUGUGCCAAUGUUACAAAUCUACCACAACUAAAUUUCAUACUAAAUAAUACCAUGUACUCCCUGGAACCAAAAGAUUAUAUUUUGGAGGUUGCAAAUAAUGGCCAAUCAUCAUGCCUUGUUGGUUUUACCGCUGCUAGAGGUUUCGAUUUCUGGAUUCUUGGAGAUCUUUUCCUCAGGAAAGUGUACACUGUGUUUAACUUUGGUUCUAAUCCUUCAGUAAGCUUUGGUCAUUUGAAGUAAACUGCAACUGUGAUAAUAUCAGCCAAAUGAGCUCAUUUGAAUAAAUAUUUGAUUAAUUAUUGUU